CUUCUUCUUCUUUAUAUGUCACUUUGUUUCUAGACCUAUGCCCCUUAAACAUACUUCUUAUAUAUACCAUUAAAGAUCAAGCCUUACACUUUUUGCAGAAACCAUUAGCUACAGGAACCUUUUCAACUGCUAAAACAAAAACCAGAAACUGCUUUGUCUCUCACUGCUAGAAAAUCGAAAGGAAGAACAUACAUGAACAAAUAUUGGUUAGGGUUUCCGGGAUUCUGAAACAUGCCAGCCGGAGUAAUGAUUCCGGCGAGGAACAUGCCGUCGAUGAUCACCGGUAACGGGAACGGUUUCGGAACAUCAUCCUCAGGACUUACCCUUGGUCAGAUAAUGUUCCAGCAGCAGCCUAACAACAUGGUGGAAGGCCAACUUCACCCCCUUGAGAUGACACAAAACACUUUGGAAAGUGAAUUUGCUCGAACCAAAGACGAUGAAUUCGACAGCACUAACAAAUCCGGCAGCGAAAAUCACGAACUUGGUGGCUCCGGCGACGACCAAGAUCCUCGUCCCAACAAAAAGAAGCGUUACCAUCGCCAUACCCAGCAUCAGAUCCAGGAAAUGGAGGCAUUUUUCAAAGAGUGUCCUCACCCAGAUGACAAGCAAAGGAAGGAACUUGGGCGUGAGUUAGGGUUAGAACCAUUGCAAAUCAAAUUCUGGUUCCAAAACAAGCGUACCCAAAUGAAGACCCAGCAUGAACGCCACGAGAACACACAGCUUCGAACUGAGAACGAAAAGCUAAGGGCUGACAACAUGAGGUAUAGGGAAGCUUUGACCACGGCAUCAUGCCCAAAUUGUGGAGGUCCAACUGCUGUAGGACAAAUGUCAUUCGAUGAACAUCAUCUCAGACUUGAGAAUGCUCGAUUAAGGGAAGAGAUUGAUCGUAUAUCAGCAAUAGCUGCAAAGUACGUUGGCAAGCCACUGGCGAACUUUCCUCUUCUUUCUUCUCCUGUGCCUCCUCGACCGUUUGAAUACGGUGCGCAACCUGUCACCGAGGAGAUGUAUGGUGUUGGUGAUCUGCUUAGGUCGAUAAGUGCACCGUCCGAGGCUGAUAAGCCGAUGAUUAUCGAGCUUGCGGUGGCGGCCAUGGAAGAACUAAUUAGAAUGGCUCAGAUGGAUGAACCUUUAUGGAUGGCCAGUCUUGAUGGCUCGACCUGUGUGCUGAAUGAAGAAGAGUAUAUUAGAACAUUUCCUAAUGGAAUUGGAACAAAACCUACUGGCUUCAAAUCCGAAGCUUCAAGAGAAACUGCUGUUGUUAUCAUGAACCACGUUAACCUAGUUGAGAUUCUCAUGGAUGUGCACCAGUGGUCAACUUUGUUUUCGGGAAUAGUUUCAAAAGCUUCAACUUUGGAUGUUCUCUCAACAGGAGUAGCAGGGAACUAUAAUGGAGCCCUUCAAGUGAUGACAGCUGAAUUUCAAGUUCCUUCACCUCUUGUUCCCACUCGUGAGAGUUAUUAUCUAAGGUACUGCAAACAGCAUGCAGAGGGAACUUGGGUUGUUGUUGAUGUUUCCUUGGAUAAUAUACGCCCAAGUCCCACUAUCAAAUGCAGAAGAAGACCAUCUGGUUGCCUGAUUCAGGAAAUGCCCAAUGGGUACUCUAAGGUUACAUGGGUUGAGCAUGUAGACGUGGAUGAUAGAGGUCUUCACAAUCUGUACAAGCAGCUCGUAAGCUCCAGCCACGCGUUCGGAGCAAGACGUUGGGUGGCUACUUUGGAUCGACAGUGCGAGAGGCUCGCUAGUCUUUUGGCUUCGAACAUUCCCGCCGGUGAAAUUGGGGUCAUAACAAAUCAAGAUGGGAGAAAGAGUAUGCUGAAGCUAGCUGAGCGAGUGGUAAUCAGUUUCUGCGGUGGAGUGAGUUCCUCGACUGCUCACACGUGGACGACAUUAUCGGGAACCGGGGCCGAUGAUGUGAGGGUGAUGACACGAAAGAGUGUAGAUGAUCCAGGGAGACCUCCAGGGAUUGUGCUUAGCGCUGCAACUUCCUUUUGGCUCCCUGUUUCACCAAAGAGGGUAUUCGAUUUCCUCAGAGACGAGAAUUCUCGAAGUGAGUGGGAUAUUCUUUCUAAUGGAGGAGCUGUCCAAGAAAUGGCACACAUUGCGAAUGGUCGCGAUCCAGGCAAUUGUGUUUCACUGCUUCGGGUAAACAGUGCAAAUUCAAGCCAAAGUAACAUGCUGAUUUUACAAGAGAGUUGCACUGAUUCAACAGCCUCUUUUGUUAUCUACGCUCCUGUUGACAUUGUUGCAAUGAAUGUUGUCCUAAACGGAGGGGACCCGGACUACGUUGCCCUCCUUCCCUCGGGUUUCGCAAUUUUGCCCGAUGGAACCGAUGGUGACAUUGCUGAUGCCAGCGGGUCCGGUGGAUCUCUUCUAACUGUUGCAUUUCAGAUUUUGGUCGACUCCGUGCCAACGGCAAAACUUUCUCUAGGAUCGGUUGCAACCGUGAACAAUUUGAUCGCAUGCACCGUUGAGAGGAUAAAGGCUUCUCUGUCAUGCGAUAAUGCAUGAACUACUACAGCUUUACACUGUAGCAAUCUUAGCUAGUGAUUAACCUAAGGAGGAAGCAAGGGAAGGUAACUUAAAUUAAAUUCGAUCUUUGGAAUUACAGAAAAGAGAAGGGAUGAAGUCAAGAACGCACCUUGCAUGAUCCUCUUUGACAUGUUGAACUUUUGUUUGGGAGCCAAGAAAAUAUUAUGACCUAAGAAAAUUCAUCAAGUGUUUAAGAGUUAGAGGUUCGGGAAUUGACUUCCCCAAGGAAAACAAAUGAACGAAAGUGAAUGCAAAAACUUUUUAUAGAGAGACCUUAGGGUUU